CUACUCCAAAACCCGCCAAAUUCGAGUCUUCUUGGCGCCAAUGAGUCCUCCUCGAUAUAAGGGGACGUACCCGGGGUAGCUGCGCGCGUAAACACAAGGCGGCGGCAGGGGCGGAGCAGCUAAUUAUGUCUCAUUCUGUCGACACGUUAGGGUUUCGUCCUCCACAGUUCUCCGAGGAUUUAGCUUGGCUUCCUGGUUGGCUUCAGCAGCACCAGAAAGAACAAUUGGAUGAAUGCACCAACGAACCUAAGGGUACCAACUUAGAGCUAGCGUCCAAGGAUUUGAGAAUUUUUCAAGGAAACACUAGUGAAGGAAAAGAUGCUAAUACAUUUUCACACGAGGAAGUUGCGUACAAAAGCUGUCAUUUAUUCUUAUCUGGGGAAGACAAUUCUGCAGUUAGCUUUGCUUCAUCUCCUGGAAAUGUACUUCAUUUCCAUCUUCAUCUUUCAUCAAAUGGAUAUUCACAAUGUAGCCCACUUCAACCUUUGGAUGCUUCUCAAAAUCAUCUUGAAUCCAAUACAGUUCUCUCCGUGCAACUAAAUAACACCUCAGUGGGUUCCGAACUGAAGAGCUGCUCCAAAAUUGGCAUAAAUGUUGGUGGGAUAAAUUCUUUACCUCCAAAGUCCAUUGAAAAACCCAGGGAGGAUACUGUUCCACCCUGCCCCUCCAAUAACAAGAAAUCAGCAAGUCAUUCUGAUGAAAAGCUUGAUACCAGGUACCUGAAAGCAGCUGACAUCUCUGAUGCAGUUGAACUCUCCAUUGCAGCAUCUGAAGCAUUGGUUAUAAAUGAAAUAAUGGGGAGUGGGUUGCCUUCGGACGUAUUGCCAACAGCAGUGGUACUGGAAGCAGCCCUUCAAGUAAAGAAAGCAAGAUUGGAGUGGCUAGAUGAUUCCUCGGAUGGCCCAGCUGAGGAAACUGAAAAUUGUGAUUCUCUCUCAGAUUUGGAUGAUUUCACCAUGGCUGAUGUAUAUAAAGAUGUAGGGCUGUCUCAGAGCAUACCUUCUGAUGAGUGUGCAUGUGAUUCAGCUAUUUCUCAAGUGAAAGAGACCCCUCUCUCUGGAAUUCUGCAUGAGUGUGUAAAUCUAUCUGAUUCUUCAGAGUUCAGGGCUCAAUGUGUCAAGUUUGAUGAUAUCCUUAUGCAAAAAGAACUAGGACAGAAUUUGGUUAUGGAUCUCAAAUCAAGAGGGAACUUCCCUCCAGAAUCCGUCAACUAUGAGAGGAAACAGUUUCAUGAUAAGCUUGUUCUGGGUUCAAAUAUCAGUGUGGCCAGAUAUGAUCCUUCAGCUCUAAAAAAUUCAGAUGGUUUUAUCAUGAAGCAGACAGUUGGCGCUAUGGUGGAUGUAGCAUCAUUUCAGCCUCAAAAUAAUGUAAACUUCCGCCCACAAGCUUGGAAUUCAGGGAACUCUAGUGAGAAACGUUUCCUUUUCCAUGCGCCUCCUUUUUCCCUACUCUUGAUUAGGCAUAUGUGUGUAUUCUUUAUUUCUUGCUAUUUAUUUAUCUUCUUAUUAAGCUUUCUAUGUCCCGUAGAGGGAGAAGAUACAGUAAGUUACUUAGCUUCGAACAGAUUCAGGAGCCGGUGGUUAGGGGGUUGGACAGGCCAGGAUGCAUCUGCUACUCCAGAAUUGAAACAGAAUACUAAAAGUGUGAUGAAGUGUUUUGCUGGUGAGACGAGUUUUUUCUCAGAAUCGGCAGAUAUUGCUCCAGACGUAAACUCUUUUGUGCAAGUGCAUGACACCAAGUUUUAUAGAACAUCACAGUCAAGCAUAGCCUUUUCUGGUUUACAUGACGAAGAUAACAAUGGGAUAAUGCUCUCUCAAGAUGUGGUGACAUCUUCUAGCCUAUCUUCAGUAGAUCCUCUUUGUUCUGUUGUCCCGUGCAGUAUUUCUUCAGAAAAUGCUAGUCUUACAUUAGCUCACAAUCAGAAGGAUAAGGAAAAUCAUAAUGAAGAAUGCUUCAGACCCACACAGCAACUUGCGGUGGAGAAUUCACACAAAUCGUCAAAUCCAAUUAUUAAAUUUCCCCAUGAGGACGGGCCAUCUAUGCCCACAAUUAAUGGUGAGCAGUUCUCCAGUCACAGUUCGAAGGCAAAUGAUUUCACUCAGGACAUAUAGUACGCUUCUCCCAAACCUUGUUUCCAUUUUCGAUGGAGGAAGCUUCUAUCGUGAUCGGUCAUUUGAACUAGAACUCGAUCAGAGGCUGAAUCCCUUGAAUAAGGAUGUGCCCUUGCGAUAUAUCUUCUGAUAAAAGGAGUUAUAAAGAGUCGCUUCCUU